UUUCAGUAGAACUACGGAUGCGGUAUAAGAUAAACGCGAGUCGGUCGUGCGAUCGUCGCACUAUGUCACGUUUCAUCACCGAUACAGUGCUCUCCACGUAAAAUUCCAUCUCAGCUUCGAUCGGAACGGUGGAUUCUCUAAAACGAGUGACGUUCAUCGUGGCAACCUGGAUCUUUGUUUGAAAACGAGUUACCGUCGACAUCACGCUCCUAUCGAUGAGCGUAUUUACGAUCGCGUAGCUUCUAAAGUUUUCACGCCGAGCUACCUAAUCAUUAGAAUAAAACCCGCGCAGAGCACGGUAUCCGGGAAGUGACCCCGAGGAUCCGACUACGUACGUUCGAAUACAUUAAACUUUAUUUUCCUUCUUCGAAUACGAAGACUUGUAUCGAAAGGAAAACAAAGAGGGAGCAGGCGUAGCGCGUACGAUUCGUUAAUGCGACGCAACGUUCGCCGGAAAAUAUGGACCAGAUAUUCGUCGACGAGGAGACAGGGGAAAGCAUUAGCUUGCCAGCUUCCGAGUACGAGAUAAGACGGCACGUUGCCGCCGUGAACAAUGUCGAAACGGGAGAGCCGGAGAUCAGCGUGGUGGGAACGGAAACCAAGAGCCGACGGAUGCGAUUCCAGAUCCCGAAAGAAGUUAAGGAAACGUUGUCGACCAAGGACGGUUCUCUAAAGAAGAGCGAGAAUUUGAUGGAGUUGGAGCCCGUUCCCGUUGGUACAUGCUUCGGGCAAAUACAUCCGAUUUGUUUGUUUCUGAUGGCGCUCGUAUGCUUCCGUUGGUUCUUGCCAGUCCUGUCGUUUCUGGAGCUGUCGUUACACAUUUGGGCCCACCAUAAAAACAAAGCAUUGAAGAACGCCAGCGUUUAUUUUCGUUCGCCGUUUCACGCGAUAUCGUCGGAAUUCUGCGCGGUGUGCCAGAACGAAACCUGCAUGGAUCGCGUCGGUAAAAUGCAGCAAAUACGUAUGCAAAAGAUCCUGCGACAUUGUAAUUACAUGAAGAGAGUCGUAACGUGAGAAAUUAACUAUUGUCACAGAAGCGCUGCGGCAUCAAUAGUAAUUGUUUUUUCCUUCGCGGGAACACGAAGGAAAUAAACGUUCCGCGUCCCAGGCAUUGUUCCAUCGUCUCGAUAAAACAGAAACGUCGUAUUGAACAUAAUCAUUGAAAGUUACAAAGUUAUUCGCGACUUUUAUUAAUUUAGACGGUAUCAUUAUAAAUCAAUCGAAUUUACUAACGCAAACGGAAGAAAUAGAGAAUAACAAUUGGUGCGGGAAGAGGAUUUUAUAUUGGGGAUUUGUUUACCAACUAUUAGUAACGAUGUGGCGGUGAAUACUCGGUACAAAGAUCGAACGAAUCUUUAUUACCGUUCACGUUAAAAUUACAGUAAGCCCUCCACUUACACGGUUGAUUUAUUCGGGAGUUUUACACCUACGAUACAUUUGGUACAUUCGGAAGCACAACCGCGCAACUCGAGGACUCGCUGCGCUCCAAAGACGGGCGAAAAUGUAAAAAAAAAAAAAAAAAAUAUAUAUACAUAUAUAAGUUACUCUGUUAAGGCACACGCGAGUAAACAUUUUACGUAUCACGAGUUAUAUCAAUUUUUGUCACUCGUUAUUGAAACAAUAAAACGUUACACGAUC